UGUACUCGCUUUAGCUGGCAUCGCUAUUCGUUUGCUCAUUCCGAUUUUAACCAGCGCAGUGGCUCGUUGUGUGCUUCUCGCUAUUUUUAAAAACACGUGGCUCGGUGAUUUUGUUCAUAUCAUAACCUACAACUUACAGAACUUCAUGAUAUCUUGCUCCUGCGCCAGACUGUAAAAAAAUCGAUUACCGUUUGGAACUAGCUAACCAAGAAGAUCCAAAAUGUCUUACGAAUCUAACAGCGGUUUACCACCGCCUCAAGAGUUAGAAUCUUUUCUGCCGCAAGAUGAAAAAAAAGAAACGAUCGUCAGCACGAAAUACAACCUAACAAAAGAAAAAAAAGAUGCUGAGAUCGGUGACUUUGAUCCCUUCGUGGAAAGAAAGUUGGACAACCCCACUUCGAACAUGGACACACUCACUCAUCUGCUGAAGGCUUCUCUGGGAACUGGUAUCCUUGCCAUGCCGAAAGCUUUUGCGAGCGCGGGAAUUGUAUCUGGCGUAUUCUUCACCAUCUUGGUUGCUGUUGUCUGCACUCACUGCUCUUAUAUCCUUAUCAACUGUGCCCAUGUUCUCUACAAGAAGACGCGUAAAACCACCAUGAGUUUCCCUGAGGUGGGAGAGGCAGCGCUUAAUAACGGACCUGAACCUGUCAGAAAAUGGGCUAACAUUUUUAGAAUCUUUAUCCUCGUGAGUCUGUUCAUAACGUACUUCGGUACGUGCUCCGUUUACACCGUCAUCAUCGCCAAAAACAUAAUGCAGGUGGCUCACUUCUACAUGCCGGACCUUAAGAAUAACCUCGAAAUAAGAAUAUUCAUCCUCUUUCUGCUGAUACCUCUAAUUUUUAUGGUUUGGAUCAGAAAUCUGAAGUACUUGGCACCAGUCUCCAUGAUUGCUAACUUCUUCAUGGCUCUCGGCCUUGGAAUAACGUUUUACUUCUUGGUGGGCACCGAAAAACUCAGUUUUGAUAAGGUGACCGCGGUAAAACCUUAUAGGGAAUGGCCUGAAUUCUUCUCCCUUACUAUCUUUGCGAUAGAAGCUAUCGGUGUGGUGAUGCCAUUGGAAAACUCCAUGAAAACUCCUCGCUCCAUGCUGGGGAUUUGCGGGGUGCUGAAUAAGGGAAUGUCAGGCGUGACUCUGGUAUAUAUUCUUCUGGGAUUCCUUGGAUAUUUAAGAUACGGAGAUGCUGUUGAAGAUUCCAUCACCCUCAACUUGGUUCCCCACCCCGAUGACCCGAAAAUAUUUGAAGUGCUCGCACAGAUCGUCAAAGUCGCCAUUGCUAUUGCAGUGUAUUGCACGUUCGGCCUCCAGUUCUUCGUUUGCGUCGAAAUCAUGUGGAAUUGCAUAAAAGACAAGUUCACCGAAAGGCCAGAGCUUGCGGAAUACAUCAUGCGGACCCUCAUGGUCACUGCGUGCGUAUUACUUGCUGUCGCAGUACCGACAAUUGGGCCACUGAUGGGAGUCAUUGGCGCUUUUUGCUUUUCUAUUCUCGGAUUAAUUGCCCCGGCAUUCAUCGAAGUUAUUACGUUCUGGAACAUUGGUUUUGGACCGUAUAAGUAUCUUAUCUGGAAAAAUGUGCUCGUUUUAGUUUUCGGUCUCUUUGCACUUGUGUUUGGAACCAAGGAUGCUGUCAUCAGCAUUAUAAAUGUAUACAGUUCGUAAUCAUGGGAACUAAAGGCAUGAGGCUAGGGUUGCCAGAUUUUCUAUAUUUUAAUAUUUUACGGGAUAUCCCAGCCUAUAUACAUUAAAAAAAAACCCAUAUUUUGGAUAUAAUAAUAGGAUACAGGGAAAUAGGUAGGUACCCACUCGUAUUUUACAACACAAUUAAGGGAGGUUUUUGAUAAACUUUCCAAGCUUCUACAAAAAAAUAGUACAAUUGAAUUUGCGUUUGUAAACUUUGGAUAUUUGUUUUUGAAGAGUAUUUCUAUACAAGACAUAAUAUUUUGCCACAUCAAAAGCGUGGUAUAUAUCAUUAUCUUCGACCUUUAUUUAUGUUUUUCUAUAAAUAAGCUGCAUUAUUUACUUGGAAAAUGCAAAUAUUUGGCCAUAAAAUGGCUUUAGCGCGUCGAAUUUAAAAUUUAGUUUUUUACAAUUCCUAAUAUUAUAUGUAUAGAUGUAAGAUAUUCAUUUACGAUAAUUUUAUAUAUAUAGUACUUAUAUCUAUACUAGGAAGACCCGUUCUAUAUAUUUUUUAUAACUUUUAUACCUUAAUUAAAAAUACCUUCGGUAAAAAAAUCUCAACCUUGUAUUUUAAUGCUGAUUUUACCCUUUAUCAUAAUAUGGCGGACGGCAACCCUAAGUGCGUGUGCGAUACUAUAGUGUGAUAGAUAGUAAGUACACAACGAUGCUUCUUAUAAGAACAUAAGUAUACUUAAGUUAAAUUUAAAUUUUGUUAGAUUAAUCCUGCAAUGACCGUGAUGCUAUAGUUUCAUAUUAAUAAUGACAAUGCUGUUUUGAAGUGGUGCUAUUAUUAUAUUUUUAUCAAUAAAUAGUAGAUAUAAUAUCUCUGCCGUAUGAAAUAUUAUCUAUGAAAAAAUUAAAGAACUUGUUUGCUACGCUAAGGCGCUGUGCAAACGUAGACACAUUCAGCGGUUGACUUGGGACAUCGAAACCGGCAACUAGAUUCAGAAGCAAAUUAAACAUAAAAUUUGGACUGGACUUAAUUUUAAUUUCAAAUCAAAGCCAAAUAAAGUCUAGUGAUCGCUAUAAAAGUAGAAGACCGAAUACAAGCAAGGUGCCUUAUGUAUCUACUUAUAGAAGAUUUUUUAAACUAUGCAAUGGUGCCAGAUCUGUUGUUCACAAAUUCAUAAAAUAAAUUGACGAGUAGGAGCCUUCAUGCCUUUCGUUACGCUUCUUGUAGAAAGGGUUGUUCUUUUUUUUGACUUGUUAGUUCAGUUAUGUAUGUACAGCAGAUUUAGCACUAAUUUGAAUAAAAUACAUGAGUUUUGUAUCAACUUGCUCAUAUGCAGUUUUUGCCACUUUUGGCCACUUUUUAGUCUACGGUCGAUGUUUCGAGAAGACAUAGAGCCGGCAUCUAUCGGGUGCUAUCCUGUGUCGAGCAAAAUGUCUUUACGUCUGUGCUGCGAUUAAGCGAGUAUUCUGCGACGCAAGCCCAGCAGCGUAGAUUUAAUUUUAUAUCGUAUAAUCAAAUAAGGAUUUAUUCUCGUCCCGUAGGUAUGUAUAUGUGUAUCUGUUUAAUGAGCAGGCACCCUCCAGGUACCUACUCAUCUAUUUCUGCGUCAUGCUAAUUCUAUACCUACAUAUUAUCCGGGUAAACUUCGCCUCAGCAUAUGCCCAGCCCAAGUUUAAUAAAGUAGAUACCUACUUAAUAUUUAAAUAUAAAAUUUCAAUUGCAUUCCCAAAUGGCGUGAUGUGUUGACAGUUUUGAAAGCUGUAUGUCGAUUGUUUGUAGUCACAAGUGUGGAAACAUGCAAAUAGGUUCGUUCGUUUUUGCGGUUAACCCGUUAAAGGUAUAAAAACAGGCACAAUGGCAUUUAUAAUAUUUGUGUGGAUAUGUAAUGUGGAGUAUUAAUUAGAGAUGUUAGGAAUCACUUUAUAAAAAAAAAAAACUUCAAAAAAAUUAUCUGUUUGUGUAAGUCAAUGAUUCAUGAUUUUACAGGUGCAUUUUGGUCUGGCAUAGAAAACUACUUUACAGACAAUCCCCCGGACUUUGGAAUUGAUAGGGCCUUCACCCGGCUAACGUUCGAUAUUAUUUUUAAUUUUAUACCUACCUUAUAUAUGGCUUAUGAAUUGUUUUUUUGUGCAAAAACACAUUUGUUUAUUUAUAUUCACUCCGGCGAACAGUAUACUUAGUGGUGACAACCAUUGCAAUUUGUUUAACAAAGAAAAUGUAUUUACUCAGCUGGAAUACAUACAUUUUCUUUGUUAGACAAAAAGGAAAAAUACUGAACUAUUCGAAAUCAAUCAAUCAUUCCUAAUAAUAAAAAAGAAACAGAGUAGAAAUCGGAAUAAAAAUAAUAAAAAGUAAUAUUCAAGUACAUUUUCUUUUAAAUAAGACCGACAGAAACUAUAUGAUUGAAAACCCUCAAAAGGGGGUAGCCCUUACGUACGUUCAGAGUUAUUUUUAAUAAAUAGUACAAAAAAUGCAAUUGUUUACAUAGUAAACGACAAUGAUGACCUCAAAAGACCUUUUCUAAAUUAAACUCGGUACAGUGCUUAGUUUUUAAGAUUAAAUAUUGUUGAAUAUAUUUAUGCCCAAUGCACUUUUGUAAAGUGCAAGGCAAAAACAACAGAAAUUGUUUUCGAACAAACACAUUUUAUUAUUCAAGUAGGUACCUAGGUUAAUGUAUGCAGUAUGAAGGUUAUAUAUAAACACAAUUUUUAUAAUAAUUUUAUUUUAUUAUGUUACAGAAAACAAUGAAUAAGACGAAAUUAUGAAAGCAGCUGUUACUCGUUAAUUUAGGAACGAAUUUAAAAUCGAGCACGAUGAGUUGUGAUAUACCUAGUAUAAAGAAAUAUGUAAAGCGAGUUCUUGUAUUUUGUACCAACACUAUUUACAGUUUGUAGAACCAAUUGGUUAAAAUCGGAUUACUGUAUUUGUUGAUAUAAUGUAAUAUAAAGUUCGUAAACUUUUAUUAGCACAUUGGUGACCCCAAAAAAUAGGUCAUUCAACAAUAUCAUAUAUUUCUUUCUAGUUUGCGCCAAAGCUAAAUAUUAUGUUAUGAUAUAGAGUUUAUACUUUAUAGCUCCUUUUAAUAAAUAUUAAGUAUCUCCGAAUUCAUAUAGGUAAGGUAUCGUUAAUAAACCUACUUCUAUCUAUCUUACUAGAUGCGAUGAAAUUGUACGAAAUAUUUCAUUAUUUGGAAUGCACAUAUAAACAAAUUUGUAUCUUACAUAUGUAUUUUUUUGCAUAAGCAAUAAACUUUAAAUGUAGACUGGAAUUUCUGGGAAUCAUAGAAUUUAGUUGACAUUAUAAUUAGACAAUUUUAAAUGCAAUAUUUCAUCUGAAAGUUUACGAACUGUGACCAAAAUGUUUUGUGCCUUCAUAUUGAAGUAUUUUAUUUAGCUUUUAGAUAUUAUUAUACAACUGGUAUGUACGGUUUUUUUUAUGGUAGUAUUAUUUUAUGUUGUUGUAAUAUCUUGUUGAUAUUACAACAUCAUUGUAUAAAGCCGAUAAGUUCCUAUAUUCUAAAAUAAUAAUUUAUGAAAUAUUAUUUUAUGCGGAGUCCCUUUUUUCCAUUGAUUAAUUUGAUUGAAAAUGUAUAACCAAAAUUGUAUUGUCUCCAAUAGUUUUACAAAAUAAAAAACAUCCACCGAAAUCGUCUUUCAUUAACCGACUUCCAAACGAAGGAG